UACUCUCACUAGUUCAGUAGUUCUCAACAAAUUUUCUUAGCAGAAGUAAUUCAUCAAAAAUUCAUUUCAACACCAUGACGUCUCGAUCUGUAGAAAUCACUGUUCUCUCCGCAGAAAAUCUGCAAUCAAACAGAAAACCCUUCAAAAAAAACUCCUUCGUUACUGUGCGGACCGACGCUGCCGUAUCCACCUCCAAGUUGUACCGGACGGCGGAGACUGACUGCGAAGGCGGCGGUCCAAGGUGGAACGAGAAGAUUGAGGUCGAACUUCCGGCGCAGGCUAGGAAUCUGAUAUUGGAAGUACAAUGCAAGAACGGUGCAAGGACGAUCGGAGCGGCGAGCAUUCCGGUGUCGGACUUCAUCUGCGGGUGGGUGCCUGAGAACUACUUGCAUUUUCUGAGUUAUACGUUGAGGGAUGAGAGAGGAGUGAGGAAUGGGAUUAUUAAUAUCUCGGUGAGCAUGAAGGUUCCGGAAGGUUUGAUGUCGACGUACGCGAGGAAGGUGACGAGUGGGUGUGCUACGACGUCGUCGCAGACCAAGGUGGGGUGUCCGGCGGUGGAGAACAGUGGUGUUGCAAUUGGGGUUCCGCUGAAUUGGAAUAGCUAUCCUUGAGUUCAAUAUUAGCUGUUGUUAUUGAUCACAAUAUGACAAACUGAUCAUAAUCAAGGAAAUUUAUUUAUAUGCUCCAAUUUGUCUCUUUUUUUUUUUUUUUUUGGUUACAUCCAAAUUUGUCUCGUUAAUGC